UUGAUUUUGGAGCGGGACCCCUCGGGUUGGACGGUCGCAACCGGGAGGAGCUGCCUUGGAGCCACUUCUGUCGGUCUUCUAAGCAGGCGGCUACCGAGAGCGCAAGCCGCGCCCUCCCGCGUCCAGGCGCUCCCCAUGCACCUGCCCGGCUGCGCCCCCGCCAUGGCCGACGGCAGCUUCUCGCUGGCCGGCCACCUGCUCCGCAGCCCGGGCGGGAGUACCUCGCGGCUGCAUAGCAUCGAAGCCAUCCUGGGAUUUACCAAGGAUGACGGGAUCCUCGGCUCCUUCCCGGAGGAGAGGGGCGCCCGGGGCGCGAAGGAGCGGGAUAGGAGGCCGAGCGCGCGGACCGCCUGUCCCAAGGCGCCUGCAGGAGGUGCGGAGCCCUCCCCGCCGCCCGCCCCGGCGCCCGCUCCCGAGUACGAAGCCCCUCGCCCCUACUGCCCCAAGGAGACAGGGGAGGCACGGCCGAGCCCUGGGCUGCCUGUGGGACCCGCCGCCUCCGGCGACUCGAAGCUGUCAGAAGAGGAGCAGCCCAAAAAGAAGCACCGACGGAACCGCACAACCUUCACCACAUACCAGCUGCAUGAGCUGGAGCGCGCGUUCGAGAAGUCCCACUACCCCGACGUGUACAGUCGCGAGGAGCUGGCCGGCAAGGUCAACUUACCCGAGGUCCGGGUCCAGGUGUGGUUCCAGAACCGACGCGCCAAGUGGCGGCGGCAGGAGAAGCUGGAGGUGUCGUCCAUGAAGCUGCAGGACUCGCCCCUGCUCUCCUUCAGCCGCUCCCCGCCCGCCGCGGCCCUGGCGCCCCUCGGGGCGGGCCCGGGGGGCGGCGGCGGCGGCGGCGGCGGCGGGCCGGCGGGGGGCGCCCUGCCGCUGGAGUCGUGGCUCGGGCCGCCGUUGCCGGGCGGGGGCGCCACGGCACUGCAGAGCCUGCCGGGCUUCGGGCCGCCGGCGCAGAGCCUGCCCGCCAGCUACACGCCGCCGCCGCCGCCGCCGCCCUUCCUGAACUCCCCGCCGCUCGGCCCCGGCCUGCAGCCCCUCGCGCCGCCGCCGCCGCCGCCGCCUGCCUACCCGUGCGGGCCCGGCUUCGGGGACAAGUUCCCGCUGGACGAGGCGGACCCGCGCAACAGCAGCAUCGCGGCACUGCGCCUGAAGGCCAAGGAGCACAUCCAGGCCAUCGGGAAGCCGUGGCAAGCCCUCUAGGGGCCCCGGGGACCGAAUCAGGCCAGACGCCCGUCCUGGGAGCCGCCCCCGAGCCAGACGCGCGCACCCCUUCUUCCUGCGCUUCCCCGACGCGGCCAUCUUGCCCUGCGCCGUCCGAAGACUUGAGUCUGGGCGCCAGUCUGCGGCUGACUUACCGGCGAGCGCUGGUUCUCAGGCCAACUGAGGCCGUCUAGCCACCCCCACACCCCCAUGGACCCCUGGCCUUGCUGCUGCAGGGGGAAAGACGGCCACGCUGCUUCUACCCGUGCGUGGGCCGGAGCCGCCGGGCUCAAGGGGCCCAAAAUGCCUGACAGCCUCGGCCGCUCCCGCGCGGCGUAGCAACCCCUGAGAAGGACGACUGGGAGGAAGGGGAGCUGGAGAGAGUUUGAGGGACUGUUUGUAUAGGUAGUUUCAAAGAAUUGGGGAGGAGAAUUAAAG